AUGGCCUCAAAAGCUAUAAAAAGAAGGCCUUGCAGCACUGAGACUGAUAAAACAGCUGAAAAAGAUAUGGAUACAACACUGUCAGAUCCUAUAACAGAACCUCUUCUAGGAAAUACUCCUCAGGAAGUGAAAUCCAAGAUAUAUGAGCCUAUUACACGGUCAGGUUUCUUGGAUGGGACGAGACAGGAGUGUCUUCGUUGGGCACAUCUUCUAGCAACUUUUGUUGCUCAAUCUGCAAGAAACAUAGUAAAUGUUCUUUCUGAAUUUGGAUCUUGGCUAGCAAGACUCUUUGGUUGUUCUGCUUCCAAAAGUUCACAAAAUGGACAGACAGUUCCAGUUAAUCUCAGUCCAUUACAGGAAGAAAGGUUAAGAUUGUUGAGACAAAGGAUAGAUGUGCCAUAUGACUGCUCCUCUGUCAAGCAUCAGGAUGCCCUGAAAGAACUUUGGAGGUUGGCUUACCCUAACAGACAACUUCCUCCUCUGAAGUCAGAUCUCUGGAAGGAGAUGGGCUGGCAGAACUCGGAUCCAUCAACAGAUUUUAGGGCAGGUGGGUUCAUGUCCUUGGAGAAUCUAAUAUACUUUGCCAGAAAUUACCCAGAUUCCUUUCACAGGCUACUGCAUAAGUCGGAUGGUAAGAGAGCUGAAUGGGAGUAUCCUUUUGCAAUAGGCGGCGUAAACAUAUCCUAUAUGUUAGUUCAAAUGCUGGAUUUACAGUCAGGAAAAAUGAGAACAAAAGCUGGUGUUCACUUUGUUCAACUACUCGAAGAUGACGAUGUGGCUUUCGAUAACCUUUUCUGUGUAGCAUUUCAGGUGCUUGAUUCUCAAUGGCUUGCAAGGCGAGCUAGUUAUAUGGAAUUCAAUGAGGUUUUGAAGUCUACACGGGUUCAGUUAGAGCAAGAGCUUACUAUCGGAGGUAUUUCUCGCAUUCAAGACAUGCCAUCAUUCAGAAUGCUGAAAAGCUAG